AUGGAAGAAGGAGAUCGGUGGUUUGAACAGACACAAUCUCAUGUCGAGGAACUGGAUGAGUCCUUGCGGAAGCUAUUACACCUGUCUGAGACUCUCACGAGUACUCGUCGCGAAUUGGCUAUUGCACAAGAGAGUAUGAGCAAGGGUCUAUCUAUGUUGGCGUCAUGUGAAGAAUCAACUGCAUUGGCACGAGCUCUUUCUCAUCUAACCGAAACUGAGGAAAACGCAGCAGCCUUGUGGAGCAAACAAUCUGAGAUGGACUCUGUCAGGUUCACAGAAUGCCUUAGCGAAUACGUGGGUUUAGUUGGUUCCUUGAAGGAGCUCUUUGCUGAACGAGUACGAGUAUGGCAGAAUUGGCAAUCGGCACAGCAGAGCCUCGCUAGAAAGCGGGAGCAGAAAGCACGGUUGGAAUUGUCGGGAAGGAAUGACAGGGCUUCUUCCCUGAAAGAUGAAAUGGAUGAAGCAGUGCGCCGCAUGGACCAACUGGAAGCGGAAUUUGGCGAUCUGAGUAAGCACACACGUGAAGAGAUUGGACGUUUCGAAGUUCAGCGACGGCGUGAUAUGCGUCAGAUUUUCAUCGAAUAUCUUGAGUCAUUAAUACAAACUCAUACAGAGAUGCUAGAUGUUUGGGAAAAAUUUGAACCAGAGACUCGUUCAAUUUUUGCCUGA